GGAACAGCUGAAACACACCAGAGAAAAGUGGAAUUAUUGUUAUUAUUUUAUCUGUUUACAUGUACGCGUGUGUAUGUGUUUACAUGUGCGGCUCAACAGACUACAGUAGAGCAGUGUGUGUGUGUGUGUUACACCGGGUGUAGUUUGAUACACAGAGCCUGACUUGUAUACGGUGUGUGUGUGUGUGUGUGUGUGUGUUAGACUGUGUGUAGAUUUAUACACAGAGCCUGACUUGUUUACUGUAUAAGUGAGUUUAUUACUGCUGCCAGUCUGAGAGCAGGAGCAGAAAAAUGAAGUUUAGACCAGCAGCUUUUCUACUUUACAUCCACAUCUCAGUUUUAAAGGUUGGCGCUGGAGAUGUGUGUGUUAGCAGCCAGUUUACAUCCUCGGGUGAGUGCUGCAGUCUGUGUCCUGCGGGCAGUGGAGUGGCAUCCAAGUGUGGACGGGAAAACACCAAGUGCCAACCAUGCCAAAAUGGUGUGACCUUCUCAGACUCUGAGGGACUUUCAGUCUGUCAGGCAUGUUCACGAUGCCCACUGGGUGUCCCACAGCUGUCAGGCUGCACCCCGACUCAAGACACCCAGUGUGACUGUGGCACGGGCUACUUCCUCUGGAAAGAGGGAAAUGGUAGUACAAAUUCCCUGUGUGCCCCAUGUAAUGCAUGUGGAAGAGGAGAAGGUGCAGUACGGGCUUGUGGGGCAGCUGGAAACACUGUGUGCCAGCCAUGCAGUACAGGCACCUUCUCAGAGGCGAAGAGUCCUGUACAGACCUGCUCACCGUGCUCUGGCUGCGAAGAAAAUGAGGUGGAGAUCCGAGCAUGUCAGGCCAACUCAGACACCCUCUGCAUGGAAAGAGACCUGAACAUUAUUUCUAGACCGAAUGGCUCUGAAGGACCAUGGGACUUUCCACGCCGACCUGUUUUGAUCGAAGAGGAGAGCAGUGUGUUUUCAGGGUCUGCAGCUCCUAAACUAACCCCUCAGGACCCUCAGGGUGGAAACAACAUCCUGAUCUACAUGUCUGUGCUGGCAGCCGUGGUGUUGGGACUUCUGGUCUACGUCGCCUACAAGUGCUGGAAAUCAUUUCAGCAGAAGGCUGCUCUCGGAAAAGCUCGGGCUGCAGAGCUGAACAACGUGGUCGAGGGUGAGAAGCUGCACAGCGACAGUGGAGUGUUUCUCGAUUCUCACAGCCUGCAAGACAGCCAGCCAAGCAAAGGUGGGAAGCGCGACUCGCGACUCUACAUGAACCUUCCUCCCAACAGACACGACGAGGUGGAAAAACUUCUGGCUGAAGGCGGAAGUCGGAGCUGGAGGCAACUGGCCGCGGUGUUGGGCUACGAGCAGGACCGCGUGGACAUGUUCGGCCACGGCGAGGACCCAAUCCACACCCUGCUUACCGACUGGGCGCAGCAAGAAGGUUCCACACUGGAGCUGCUCUCCUCUGCCCUGAGCGCCAUCGACCGCCACGACGUAGCGAGAGCACUCACUGCUCCCAACCAGGGGAUUACGGUGGUGUGAACUGAACGUACUUGUACUUUCUUGACCACGUGUUUUCAGUGGUCUGGACAAUGGACAGCAAUGACUCUAAGAGCAAAGCACUCCUUGUGAGAGGAUAAACACUAAAUCUUGGUUAUAUUUGUAUUAAUGAAGUGCCUUUUUUACUUGUGCAGUGCUGUCCAAAUUCCAACUCUCCCAGGAUGGGUAGUCUCUUCAUCUUUCCGAAGAAUUCACAGUAUUUAUACAAAGAGGACAGACGUUCCUCAGUGUUGAGAAUCCACAGCAAAAUAUAACACUCACUUUGUGCAGGGAAAAAAACAGCCUUUUGUUUUCCACACCACAAUUAUGGUCACCCUUGUUAUUGUAAAUGUUUGGGCUGGUUUUGGUUACUGACUUUGGCUUGUAGUGAAAGGAAGGGGGCAGAUUUCAGUGCUGUUCUCUCAGUCCUGCCAGAGGAGAAUGUUCUAGCUGAGGAACUGAAUGUUUUAGCAAGUAACACGGUACAUGUACGGCAUUUAGCAUGAACUUUUAUCCCAAAGGACUUACAAUAUUUAUGACAGUACAUUUCGUGCAGUUAAAGGGUUAAGGGCCCAGCAGUGGCAGAAUGGCAGUGGUGGAGCUUGAUACAUCAACCUUCUGAUUACUAGUCUAGUACCUUAAUUACUGAUCAACCGCUAACCUCAUUAAGAGCAACAAGCCCCUCCAAGUCAAGUUCAGCAUAACAAGGUGUGACUCAGUUUUCCCAACCAGAAACAAAACUGCACAGAAGCUCUACAUGAGAAAGGAAACAUGGCCUGUUUUAUAGGCAAACUAUGUGUUUUGUCAGCAAAUAUUUGAGGGAAAUCUCAUUCUAAAGCACUGUUUCCGUCUGUCUGUGCCAAGUGUGUGUGCAUUAAGUGUGAAGGUAUAACAAUUGUACCACUAUGUACAUAAACAAGAGAACAGACAGCAGUGUUUUGUUCUGUCAAGCAGUGCUGUUUGCUUCUUUACCAACUUUUUUGUAUUUUAUGAAAAUAAAUAAUAAGCCGAG